UGUACCUUUUCCAAUCCCGGGCUGUAUAUGGAGAUUUGGGAUUCUUUAAACCGGCGCUACCUGGAUUUUAUUAAAAAGCGGGGAGCUCGGCGGGAGGAAAGCUGGCUUUUCCGGGGGCUGCGGGAGCCGGGCCGCGGGAGGGCGGAGGAGUUGGCGCGCCGAGCGCUCGGCCCGGGGAGCGGUUUUCUACCAAAAAAAGGAAAGGCGGGCAAAAAGUGUGAGGCGGCUGCGGGUGGCGGAGGGGAGCGGCGGCCGCGGGAUGGCGGGCAGCACCGGCGCCUAGCUGCGCCGAGAGUCGGGGCUGCUACCGGAGUCGCUGUCGCUGGAGCCCGGAGCCCGGAGCCCCGCCGCGCCAGACGCCGUGUGCCCAGUCUCUCGAAACUCUUCCUGGCCACCCAGAGGGGCCCCACCACCGGUCGUCUGUGCGCCUCGGGCCACCGGCCCGCCUCCGAGCGCAAGCCCCGCUGGCCGCCGCCAUGCACACCGCGGAGCCCCCGCCACCCGAGGACUCUGGGACUACAUCGAGGCCGAACUUUUAGAUCCCACUGAGCAAGGCCGGCAGGCCAGGUGGAGGGCUGGCCGCGGCACUCCCGCGGAGGAUGGAUGGCCGAGACUUCGGGCCCCAGCGGUCCGUGCACGGCCCCCCGCCGCCGCUACUGUCUGGCUUGGGCAUGGACAGCCACCGCGUGGGUGCGGCUACUGCCGGACGCUUGCCCGCCUCGGGCUUGCCCGGCCCUUUGCCGCCCGGGAAAUACAUGGCCGGCCUCAACCUCCACCCGCACCCGGGCGAGGCCUUCUUGGGCAGCUUUGUGGCCAGCGGGAUGGGGCCCUCGGCCUCAUCCCAAGGGAGCCCGGUGCCCCUGCCCUCUGACCUCUCCUUCCGCUCCCCUACCCCCAGCAACCUGCCCAUGGUGCAGCUGUGGGCCGCCCACGCCCAUGAAGGCUUCUCCCACCUGCCCAGCGGGCUGUACCCAUCCUACCUCCACCUGACCCACCUGGAACCCCCCAGUAGCGGGAGUCCCCUCCUCAGCCAGCUGGGCCAGCCCASCAUCUUUGAUACCCAGAAAGAUGGCUUCUACCUGCCCACGCCAGGACCCCCAGGCGCCCUGCAUUCUCAUGCGCCCUCCUCCAGGACUCCUAGUGGUCACUCCUCAGGCACCCCGGCCAAGUCGUCCCGGGAAGGUGCAGCCAAGGAGCGCCGCGGCGGGGAGCCGCCCCCAUUGUUCGGCAAGAAGGACCCACGGGCACGCGAGGAGGCAGCUGGGCCACGUGGUGUGGUGGACCUGACCCAGGAGGCGCGGGCUGAGGGCCGCCAGGACCGUGGACCCCCGCGCCUAGCUGAGCGCCUAUCGCCCUUCCUGGCCGAGGCCAAGGGCAAGAGCGCCCUGCAGCCCUCGGCCCUGGGCAUGUGCAACGGCGUGGCGGACACCGGGCUGCCUGCGCUGGUGGUGGAGGCCGGCCGCAGUGGCACCAAGGAGGUGGCCCGGCCGGAUGAGAGCUCGCGACUGCUGCGGCGCGCGGAGGCCCUGCUGCCUGCGCCGCGCCCCUGCCCCUCGCCGCUGCCCCCACCGCCACCCAAGGGGCCGCCGGCGCCCCCAGCCCCUGCGCCCACCGGUGUCUACACCGUGUUCCGUGAGCCGGGCCGUGAGCACCGCGUGGUGGCGCCCACCUUCGUGCCUUCCGUGGAGGCCUUCGACGAGCGCGCGGGGCCCAUCCAGAUUGCAUCGCAGGCGCGCGACGCCCGGGGCCGAGAGCGUGAGGUGGGCAGGCCUGGGGUGCUGCAGGGGCCGGGCUCCCCGCGGCCGGAGCGGCCCGAGGUCCUGCGCGAGAAGAGCUCCGUCAUCCGCUCGCUCAAGCGCCCCACKCCCGCCGACGCCCUUCCGGCCCGCGCCUUGCGCGCCUCCCCGGACUCACGCACCUACCUGCCGGCCAAGGAGCUGCCCAAGCCCGAAGUGGAGCCAAGACCCUGCGAGCGCACGCCCCGCGGCCCUGCAGCCGCCCAGCAGGCCGCCAAGCUCUUUGGCCUGGAAYCUGCGAGGCCUCCUGCGCCCACCGGCCCCGAGCACAAGUGGAAGCCUUUUGAGCUGGGCAACUUUGCCACUACGCAGAUGGCCGUGCUGGCCGCCCAACACCACCAUGCCAGCCGUGCCGAGGAGGAGGCCGCCGCCGCCUCCAAGAAAGCCUACCUGGACCCCGGGGGUGCCCUGCCCCGGGCCUCGGCCACCAUUGGCCGGCCUGGGGCCGACCUGCAUCCCUCAGCCCACGCCCCCGGAGAGGCCUCCGCCAUGCAGAGCCUCAUCAAGUACAGUGGCAGCUUUGCCCGGGAGGCGGUGGCCGUGCGCCCAGGUGGCUGUGGCAAGAAGAGCCCUUUUGGAGGCCUGGGCACCAUGAAGCCGGAGCCCGCCCUCACAACCACGGCUGCCUCCCGCUCCCAGGCCCGGCUCCCCCAUCCUGGUGGCCCAGCAGCGGGCGGGACCCGGCAACUGAAGCGGGACCCAGAGAGACCCGAGAGUGCCAAAGCCUUUGGSCGGGAGGGCUCUGGUGCCCAGGGGGAGGCUGAAGUGCGACACCCACCAGUGGGCAUUGCUGUGGCUGUAGCUCGACAGAAGGACAGUGGCGGCAGUGGCCGACUGGGACCUGGGCUGGUGGACCAGGAGCGCUCCUUGUCUCUGAGCAACGUCAAAGGGCACGGCCGGGCCGAUGAUGACUGUGCGGAUGACCGAGCUCGGCACCGAGAAGAGCGGCUGCUGGGGGGACGGCUGGACCGGGACCAGGAGAAGCUGCUUCGAGAAAGUAAGGAGCUGGCUGACCUGGCCCGCCUGCACCCCACCAGCUGUGCUCCCAAUGGCCUGAACCCCAACCUCAUGGUUACUGGGGGCCCUGCGCUGGCUGGCUCUGGGCGCUGGUCCGCUGACCCUGCUGCCCACCUGGCCACACACCCCUGGCUGCCCCGCUCGGGCAGCACGUCCAUGUGGCUCACCGGACACCCCUAUGGCUUGGGCCCCCCUUCUCUGCACCAGGGCAUGGCUCCUGCCUUCCCACCCAGCCUCGGGGGUUCUCUGCCGUCCGCCUACCAGUUUGUCAGGGACCCCCAGUCAGGCCAGCUGGUGGUCAUCCCUAGUGAUCACCUGCCUCACUUUGCGGAGUUGAUGGAGCGGGCCGCCGUGCCGCCGCUCUGGCCCACCCUGUACCCACCGGGACGCAGCCCCCUGCACCACGCCCAGCAGCUGCAGCUCUUCUCCCAGCAGCACUUCCUGCGGCAGCAAGAGCUCCUGUACCUGCAGCAGCAGGCGGCCCAGGCCCUGGAGCUGCAGAGGAGCGCCCAGCUGGUGCAGGAGCGGCUGAAGGCCCAGGAGCAUCGGGCUGAGAUGGAGGAGAAGGCGAGCAAGAGGGGCCUGGAGGCUUCGGGCAAGGCUAACCUGGCUACUGCUGGCCCGGGGCUGCUGCCUCGAAAGCCCCCUGGCCUGUCCGCUGGCCCCUCGGGCACCUAUGGCAAGGCCAUGAGCCCACCACCAUCUCCCCGCGCCUCUCCUGUGGCUGCUCUGAAGGCCAAGGUCAUCCAGAAGCUAGAGGACGUGUCCAAGCCACCCACCUACGCUUACCCUGCCACGCCUAGCUCCCACCCCAGCAGCCCACCACCCGCCUCCCCACCGCCCACCCCCGCCCUCACCCGCAAGGAGGAGGCCCCUGAGAACGUGGUGGAGAAGAAGGACCUGGAGCUGGAGAAGGAAGCCCCCAGCCCUUUCCAGGCCCUGUUCUCAGAUAUCCCACCCAGGUACCCGUUCCAGGCCCUGCCUCCACACUAUGGCAGGCCCUACCCGUUCCUGCUGCAGCCUACAGCAGCCGCCGAUGCGGAUGGCCUGGCCCCCGACGUGCCGCUCCCCGCUGACGGGCCUGAGCGCCUGGCACUCUCCCCUGAGGACAAACCUAUCCGCCUGUCCCCCUCCAAGAUCCCAGAGCCCUUGCGGGAAACCCCAGAGGAAGAAGCACUGGCCGAUCGGGAGGUGAAGGCAGAAGUGGAGGACGUGGACGAGGGUCCCGCAGAGCUGCCCGCCCUGGAGUCACCACUGGCCCUGCCUGUCCCAGAAACCAUGGUGGCUGUGAGCCCCGCAGGUGGCUGCGGAGGUGGUCUGCUGGAGGCCCAGGCGUUGAGUGCAGCUGGACCGGGCUGCCCCGAGGGCUCUGAGCACCCAGACUUUGCAGACAGCGCCGAAGCGCAGGUGGAGUUGCCGGGCAGGACAGAAUCUGGCGCGGUCACCCUGGAGCUUGGGGGGCGGUUGACGCCCGAGCCGCUGGUGGAGGCUAAGGAGGAGCCAGUGGAGGUGCCCCUGGAGGUGCCCAUGGAGGUUCCUGUGGUGGAGGCAGAGCCGGAGGAAGGCCUGGCCCAGCCGGCCCUGAGCGAGCCCCAGCCCAGUCUGGAACUGCCGGACUGUGACCUGCCCACCAGGGAAGGACAGUGCCCGAGUCUAGAGGACCAGGAGGCUGCACCUGUGCCUGGCAGCACCUGCUACCUUGAAGAGGCAAGCUCCGAGCAGUUCCUGGCUGGCCUGGAGGACCCRCUGGCUGGCAUGAAUGCCCUGGUGGCCGCAGCGGAGCUGCCCCAGGCCAGAUCUCUGCCCCCCCUGGCUUCUGGAGUUCAGGCCUUGGAGAAACUGGAGGUGACCCAGAGCCUGGCCCUGGAGCAGAGCUUCCUGCAGGGCAUCACCCUGCUGAGCGAGAUAGCGGAGCUGGAGAGGAGGAGCCAGGAGGCGGCAGGGACAGAGGCAGGCCUGGCAGUGCGGCCCUCCCUGGAGAGCCUGCUGGCGGCCAGCAGCCACAUGCUGAAGGAGGUACUGGACAGCCCCUUGGUGGACCCGCUCAAGAACCUGCGGCUUCCGCGGGAGCUGAACCCCAACAAGAAGUACAGCUGGAUGCAGAAGAAGGAGGAGCGGAUGUACGCCAUGAAGUCUUCCUUGGAGGAUAUGGAUGCCCUGGAGCUGGACUUCCGGAUGCGGCUGGCCGAGGUCCAGCGGCAGUACAAAGAGAAGCAGCGGGAGCUGGUGAAGCUCCAGCGACGCCGGGACUCCGGGGACAGGCACGAGGAUCCCCAUAGAAGCUUGGCACGCAGAGGCCCUGGCAGGCCGCGGAAACGGACCCACGCCCCGAGCACCCUGUCGCCCCCCCGCAAGAGAGGGAAGAGCCACAACAGUAGCGGAAAGCUGAGCAGCAAGUCCCUGCUGACAUCAGAUGACUAUGAUCUGGGAGCAGGGAUCAGGAAGAGGCACAAGGGUCCUGAGGAGGAACAUGAGGCCCUCAUCGGAAUGGGGAAAGCCAGGGGGAGGAACCAGAGCUGGGAUGAGCAGGAAGCUUCAUCUGACUUCAUGAGUCAGCUAAAGAUCAAGAAGAAGAAGAUGGCCAGCGACCAGGAGCAGUUGGCAAGCAAACUAGACAAGGCCCUGUCCCUCACAAAGCAGGACAAGUUGAAGUCACCCUUCAAAUUUUCGGAUGCCUCUGGGGGGAAAUCCAAAACUAGCGGUGGCUGCGGCAGGUUCUUAACUCCUUAUGAUAGCCUGCUGGGCAAGGACAGGAAGGCACUAGCCAAAGGCCUAGGCCUGUCUCUGAAAUCCUCCAAAGAAGGUAAACACAAAAGGGCCGCCAAAGCCAGGAAGAUGGAGGUGGGGUUCAAGGCCAGAGGCCAGUCCAAGUCGGCCCAUUCCCCGUUCGCCUCGGAAGUGAGCAGCUACUCCUACAAUACGGACUCAGAGGAGGACGAAGACUUCUUGAGGGAUGAGUGGUCUGCCCAAGGCCCCUCCAGCUCCAAACUGACCUCCUCCCUCCUGUGCGGCAUGGUGGCCAAGAACAGCAAGCCCCCCKCGGGCCCCAAGCUGACCAAGCGGGGUCUUGCGGCCCCCCGGACUCUGAAACCCAAGGCGGCCGCCAGCAGGAAGCAGCCGUUUUGCUUGCUGCUUCGAGAGGCCGAGGCACGCUCCUCCUUCAGCGACUCUUCGGAGGACUCGUUUGACCAAGAUGAGAGCUCCGAGGAGGAGGAGGACGAGGAGGAGGAGCUGGAGGAGGAGGAGGCUGGUGGUGGCUAUAGGCUGGGCACCCGAGAGCGGGCCCUGUCGCCAGGCCUGGAGGAGAGUGGUCUGGGCCUGCUGGCCCGGUUUGCAGCCAGCGCCCUCCCCAGCCCCACCGUGGGGCCAUCUCUGUCGGUGGUGCAGUUGGAGGCCAAACAGAAGGCCCGGAAGAAAGAGGAGCGACAGGGCCUGAUGGGCACAGAGUUCGAGUACACGGACUCGGAGAGUGAGGUCAAGGUGCGCAAGCAGUCGCCUGCCGGGCUGCUGCGGCCCAAGAAGGGGCUGGGGGAGCCGGGCCCUUCCCUGGCUGUGCCCCUGGCUGUGCCCCCGCCCAGCGCCCGAGGCCCAGGCCCCACCAGCCCGGACAAGGCCAAGCUGGCAGCGGAGAAGGGGCGCAAGGCGCGUAAGCUACGGGGCCCCAAGGAGCCUGGCUUCGAAGCUGGGCCAGAGGCCAGCGACGACGACCUGUGGACCCGGCGCCGCAGCGAGCGCAUCUUCCUGCACGACGCCUCGGCCGCAGCUCCUGYGCCCAGCAACGCAGCGCCCGCCCCCAAGCCCAGCCGUGGUGGCAAGGGCGGCUCCGCAGUGAGCCCGCGCAAGGACACCGGCCGUGCCAAGGACAGGAAGGACCCCAGGAAGAAGAAGAAAGGGAAAGAGACUGGGUCAGGAGCUGCACUGCCACCACCCCGUGUCCCCGCCCUGCCCUCCGAGGCCAGGGCCCCUCAUGCUGGGCCCCUGGCGACUGCCAAGAGGAGCAAGGCCAAAGCCAAAGGCAAGGAGGUGAAGAAGGAGAACCGGGGGAAGGGGGGUGCUGUGAGCAAGCUGAUGGAGAGCAUGGCGGCUGAGGAGGACUUUGAACCCAACCAGGACUCAAGCUUCUCAGAGGAUGAGCACCUGCCACGAGGCGGGGCUGUGGAGCGGCCUCUUACCCCAGCCCCUCGMUCCUGUAUCAUCGACAAGGAUGAGCUGAAGGACGGCCUGCGUGUUCUCAUCCCCAUGGACGACAAGCUGCUAUACGCCGGGCAUGUGCAGACAGUGCACUCUCCGGACAUAUAUCGCGUGGUGGUGGAGGGCGAGCGCGGGAACCGGCCCCACAUCUACUGCCUGGAGCAGCUGCUGCAGGAGGCGAUCAUAGACGUGAGGCCGGCCUCCACUCGCUUCUUGCCACAAGGGACCAGGAUCGCAGCCUACUGGAGCCAGCAGUACCGCUGCCUGUACCCUGGCACUGUUGUCCGAGGGCUACUGGACCUGGAGGACGAUGGGGAUCUGAUCACCGUGGAGUUUGAUGAUGGAGACACGGGCAGGAUCCCGCUCUCACACAUUCGCCUCCUGCCACCCGACUAUAAGAUCCAGUGUGCCGAGCCUUCCCCAGCCCUCCUGGUGCCGAGUGCCAAACGCCGCAGCCGAAAGACCAGCAAAGACACUGGGGAAGGCAAAGAGGGGGCCCCCACAGGGUCAGAGGAGUCGGGAGCCAAGGCGCGAGGGCGUGGGCGGAAGCCCAGCACCAAAGCCAAGGGAGACAGAGCCAGUGUUCUGGAGGAGGGGGUCUCCACAGAUGAGGUCCCCAGUACCCCUUUGGCCUUGGAGCCUAUCAGCACCCCAAAUUCCAAGAAGAGCCCCCCAGAACCUGUGGACAAGCGGGCCAAGGCCCCCAAGGCUCGCCCGGCACCUCCCCAGCCCAGCCCAGCGCCACCCACCUUCGCCAGCUGCCCAGCUCCUGAGCCCUUUGGAGAGCUGCCAGCCCCUGCUGCAGCCCUGACCCCGGCCCCCCUCAUCACAAUGCCAAUUACCAUGCCUGCCACCCGCCCCAAGCCCAAGAAGGCUCGGGCCACGGAGGAGUCGGGUGCCAAGGGUGCUCGGAGGCCAGGGGAGGAGGCUGAGCUGCUCGUCAAACUGGACCAUGAGGGGGUUACAUCCCCCAAAAGCAAGAAGGCCAAAGAGGCUCUGCUCCUCCGGGAGGACCCAGGGGCUGGAGGCUGGCAGGAGCCCAAGAGCCUGCUGGGCCUGGGUGGCCUGGCCCCGACAGCAGGCAGUAGUGAGCCCAAGAUGGCCUGGCCCAAGGCCCUGGAGGGGGACCUUGCCCAGGAGCCUGGGUCAGGGCUGCCACUGGAGGACACUGGGAAUCCCAAGAGCCCGGACAAGGCCCAGGCCGAGCAGGAUGGGGCUGAGGAGUCGGAGACCAGCAGCAGCGGCAGCAGCAGCAGCAGCAGCAGUAGCAGUAGCAGCAGCAGCAGCAGCAGCGGCUCAGAGACGGAGGGCGAGGAGGACGGCGAGAAGAACGGGGAGGACGGCCGGGGCACAGGGGGCCGGAACUGCAGCGCCUCCAGCUCCAGGGCAUCCUCCCCUGCCUCUUCCUCCUCCUCCUCCUCCUCCUCCUCUUCCUCCUCUUCUUCCUCUUCCUCCUCUUCCUCCUCUUCCUCCUCUUCCUCCUCUUCAUCUUCCUCCUCCUCUUCAUCUUCCUCCUCCUCUUCCUCCUCCUCCUCCUCUUCCUCCUCCUCCUCCUCCUCUUCCUCCACCACAGACGAGGACUCUUCCUGCAGCUCUGAUGACGAGGCAGCUCCUGCCCCUGCGGCUGGCCCCUCUGCCCAGCCGGCCCUCCCUGCCAAGGCUCCCAAGCAGGCUGGCAAGGCGCGCUCCUCGGCCCACUCCACGAGCAAGAAGGCGCCCGCUGCACAGCCCCCGGCCCCUCCACCCCAGCCCCCUCAGCCUCUGCAGUCCAAGGCUCAGGUGGGGGCUGGGGCCAAGAGCCGACCCAAAAAGAGAGAGGGUGUCCACCUGCCCACGACCAAGGAGUUGGCUAAGCGGCAGCGCCUGCCAUCUGUGGAGAACCGGCCCAAGAUCGCCGCCUUCCUGCCUGCCCGGCAGCUCUGGAAGUGGUUCGGGAAGCCCACCCAGCGGCGCGGCAUGAAGGGCAAGGCCCGCAAGCUGUUCUACAAGGCCAUCGUGCGUGGCAAGGAGAUGAUCCGCAUUGGAGACUGUGCGGUGUUCCUGUCCGCCGGCCGCCCCAACCUGCCCUACAUCGGCCGCAUCCAGAGCAUGUGGGAAUCCUGGGGCAACAACAUGGUGGUUCGAGUUAAGUGGUUCUACCAUCCCGAGGAGACCAGCCCGGGCAAGCAGUUCCAUGAGGGCCAGCACUGGGACCAGAAGUCUGGCCGCAGCCUUCCUGCAGCCCUGCGGGCCUCCAGCCAGAGGAAAGACUUCAUGGAGCGUGCCCUGUACCAGUCCUCACACGUGGACGAGAACGACGUGCAGACGGUGUCGCACAAGUGCCUGGUGGUGGGCCUGGAGCAAUAUGAGCAGAUGCUGAAGACCAAGAAGUACCAGGACAGCGAGGGCCUCUACUACCUCGCAGGCACCUAUGAGCCCACCACAGGCAUGAUCUUCUCCACGGACGGCGUGCCCGUGCUCUGCUGAGCGCCCCCCCCCCUCGCCCAGCUGCCUCGUCCCCUGAGGGCCCACAGGGACCCUCGCCAUCACUGCCACGGCGCGGGACCAUGUGCGUUGUGUGCAUGCCAGUGUGCCCGUGGGCGUGUGCAUGUGGCCAGGUGUGCACGUGGAUGCCCCGGGCAAGUGAGUGUGUGUACAUGUGUGUGCCCGUAUGCAUGCACGUGUGUGCACCCAUGUGCACACGUCUCCACCCCAAUCUCCCAACCCCUCAGUGCCCCAGGACAGGGGCUCCUCUCUGCUAUCARGGUGUGGCUCUGCUGGCCACCCAGGGCAGUCUCAGCAGGGACAGGCCUUGGCCUCCCCAGCACCUCAUAAGCACUUGUAGAGGCAGGCCCUCCAGCCCCAGUGGGGGCCAGGUGCCCCCAGGCCCUGAAGACUGGGGGCUUGGUGGGGAGGGGGUUUCUAGGAACCCAGACUGAGGCUCGCUCUGGGUUCCAGCCACCCUCAGCAUGGAGUCCACCCAAACCUCCCGCCAUGGACAUGGGCAUCUGGUGCCAGCCAGCCUCACCAUCCACGCCAGACUGCUGAGUGCCUGUGGCCUCCACCCUCUCAGGAUGGCCUGGGCUUGGGGAGCAGAGCAGGGCCAGGGGGAGCCCAAAAGCAUCGGCAGGCGGCCCUGGCAAGGGCCUGCCCCCCAGCCCAGACCCUCACACUACAGAAAAUCCCAAUGGUGCUGAAACCCUCGCUCCGGCCACGCCUGGCCCUCCCUGCCCAGGAGGGAGGCAGCAGUUCUUAACCUGUACAGUUUUAUUGUACCAAGAGACUCGCCCCGCCCCUGUAUCAUAAGCCUUUAAAUGGAGUCAACUUUUUAAUUAUAUAUAUAAAGAUAAAUAUAUAUAAAUAUAUAUAAAUAUAAACUUUUUAAAACUG